AUGAAUUUUAUAUAGCAUUCCAAAAGACAUUAUUUUAUUAUUCAGUUUAAGUGAAGAUAUUAUGCGUAAUUUAUAGGGCAGAAGGACAACAUUUAGAAAUAUAUGAACUCCUUAACUGUUGUAAAAGUCUGUAUUUUACACUCAUUAAUAAAGAUACAGGUAAUUUUAAACUUAUCUUAGGUACUCUAAAAUUUAAAAGCAAAUUCAUUAUUAGUACUCAAGGUUAUAAAUAAUCAUAUAUUAACAAUUAUUUUUUGUUACAUCAUUUCGAUGACAAAGUAGUAGUCUAGUUGAAUGAAUAGUUGCAUUUAUUUGCAUUCAGAAUUUUUCAAAUUUUUUCAGAUUUCUGA